UUCUCCCAGGUUGCCAUGCCUGAUCUGAUGCAGACUUGAUUUCAAGCCUGGAGUCAUCCUAUACACCCAACCUUCUACACUAUAGGAGCUGGAGAGCAGAGCCGUAGGGAAAUGAGAGUGGUCACAGCAGAGACAGACUGAGACCAGAAGGGCCAGAAGAUGAACUCUGAGCCUUUGACUCGCUCUGAGGUGUUUGGACAGCUCAGGAAGGAGCUUUAUGGAGAGGAGCAGUCCAGUCACACUAACACACAUCUAUUCAUAAUCCUGGGAGCCUCUGGGGAUCUUGCAAAAAAGAAGAUCUAUCCAACUUUAUGGUGGUUAUUCAGAGAUGGCCUGCUCCCAGACAACACCUACUUUGUGGGUUUUGCCCGGUCUAACCUGACCGUGGAGGACAUCAAGACAGCAUGUCUGCCUCAUAUGAAGGUCACUGAAGAAGAGAGUGAGAGUCUCUCAGCCUUCUUCAGUAGGAACUCCUACCUUAAAGGAAGGUACGAUGAUGGCAGCUCUUUUGCUCAACUCAACACGCAUCUGUCAUCUCUACCGAGGGGAGCUGACGCCAACAGACUCUUCUACCUGGCUCUGCCACCUACCGUCUACCACCAUGUUAGCACAAACAUUAGAGCCCACUGCAUGAGCCUCAAAGGCUGGAACAGGAUAAUUGUUGAGAAGCCCUUUGGCCGUGACCUCCAGAGCUCACAGGAGCUGUCGGCCCACCUUUCCUCCCUGUUCAUAGAGGACCAGAUCUACCGCAUAGACCACUACCUUGGCAAAGAGAUGGUCCAGAACCUGAUGGUGCUCAGGUUUGGAAAUCGCAUCUUUGGACCCAUAUGGAACAGGAACAGCGUGGCCUGUGUGGUCCUCACCUUUAAGGAGCCCUUUGGCACUCAGGGCCGUGGAGGAUACUUCGAUGACUUUGGUAUUAUUCGAGAUGUCAUGCAGAACCAUCUCCUCCAGAUGCUCUGUUUGGUUGCCAUGGAGAAACCUGCUUCCACCAGCCCAGUUGACGUGAGGGAUGAGAAGGUAAAGGUACUGAAGUGCAUCGCCCCUGUUGCUGUGUCAGAUGUGGUGCUCGGUCAGUAUGUGGGGGACCCUGAGGGGGAAGGCCACUCCAAGCUGGGUUACCUUGACGACCCCACUGUACCAGAAGGCUCUUGUACACCAACAUUUGCCACCGCAGUGCUCUAUGUUCAGAAUGAAAGAUGGGAUGGAGUUCCUUUCAUUCUCCGCUGUGGUAAAGCUUUGAAUGAGCGGAAGGCAGAAGUGCGUCUGCAGUUCACUGACGUGCCAGGAGACAUCUUCAAUGAACGCUGUCAGAGGAACGAGCUGGUGGUGCGGGUGCAGCCAGACGAAGCAAUUUACCUGAAGAUGAUGACAAAGAGGCCUGGGGUUUACUUCAGCCCAGAGGAGACUGAGCUGGACCUCACCUACAGGAGCAGAUACAAGAAUGUGAAGCUCCCAGAUGCUUAUGAGAGGCUGAUACUGGAUGUCUUCUGUGGAAAUCAGAUGCAUUUUGUCCGCAGUGAUGAGUUACGGGAGGCCUGGAAGAUCUUCACCCCCCUGCUCCAACAAAUAGAGGCACAGAAGACACCCCCCAUCCCUUACACAUAUGGAAGUCGUGGUCCAAACGAGGCGGAUGAUCUCGUGAAGAGGGUGGGAUUCCGCUAUGAGGGAAAAUACAAGUGGGUGAAGCCCCACACAACAUGAUGCCUUCUGUCACACACAUGCCCACACACCCACAAAACUCAUGAACACACACACACACACCACUGUCGGCGAGUUUACAAACAAUAAAUUUGACUGCAAUCUUUCACUGCUGUACCGUUGUCUGAUUUUGUCUGCAUGUAAAGAAAACACCACUGCUUUUUAGCCCUAAUCAUUCAAGAAUGAAUCUGGAGAUAAAAAUGACUGUAGUAGCUUGAUUUGAGUGUUCACCUGUAAAUCUGAAAUUUAGUUAAUACAUUUCUAAAUAAAUCAUCAUUCACUCUUCUGCCUGCCCAUUUUUCUUUUUUCUUUUACUAGCAUUGGCCACACCUAACAACACUGGCCUUAAGACAUAUGAGACUUGUGGAACAAGAAAAUCAUAUGAGGCCUGUCCUCUGCUGUCAGCAGACCUAUGUUUACAGUCAUCACUAAACCACGAUGACACUAAACGUGAUGCAUGCAAAGCAGCAACACCACAUAAUAUUUAUACUAGAAGGGCUUGUUGGUCUGGUUUGUAAGAACAUAACACUUUCUCAAUAACAAAGGAAACCAGUUUGAGUGCCCUGUUUCGGGUAAGAAUGACUUCCAGGUAGGUGUUUUAAGCUACAUUCAAAUAAAACCUAUAAAUGAUUGUUAAUAACAUUUGUAACGAUUAAUCUCUCACAAUGCAUGAACGAGUUUCAACAUUACAACUUAAUUUUACUUUUACAUUUGUUGGAUUUCCUCUAACUGCCUGCAGCAGACCUAUGUUGUCACCUAUGUCUGUCU